AUGCGGAGUGUAGUUAAGGCUAUUCAUUCUAUUCGUCUUUUGAUUGGUGAAGCUCAGGAUUCGCAAUAUUGGUGGUUGACUACCACAGGUGUCUACUCUGUGAAGAGUGGAUAUUGGCUUGGUUUGUUGGGUCAUAACCCGAAUGAUAAUUUUGAUGAGGCUACGUGUAAGCUUUGGACGAAUAUAUGGAAGAUCCCAGCCCCUCCCAAACUUGGUAAUUUUGUAUGGAGAGCUAGUAAAGGGUCUUUAGCAACGAGACAAGUCCUCUAUGAUUGCUAUUGUGUUCCUUCUCCUAUUUGCGAUAGAUGCCAUGCUGAGCCGGAGACAAUUUUUCAUGCUGUGUGUGAAUGCCCAAAUGUUGCUGCAAUGUGGAACACAUCCUCCUCUACUCCCAUCCCUAGAGAUGCUACUCGUUCAUCAUUGUUCUCUCUUCUCCAAUGGAUGAUGGGUUAUGCUUCAAAUGAGGAGGUUCUCUCUUUGUGUACCACUUUGUGGGCGGCAUGGUUCUUUAGGAACAAAGAUGUUUUUUCUGAUGAGCAAUAUGAUCCGAUUCAACUAGCUGCUAAUCUUCAGAGAAUUUGA